AUGAAGUACUCCACUUCAACCAGUGCUCUUCUCGCCCGCCUCCUCGCCCUACCUCUUCUCCUCACGCUUCUCAUUCAAGCCACGGCGAAAAACCACCACGUUCUUACCAGCGCCGAUUCCAAAACCUCGCACCUACUGCACUGCUUGGGCCACUCUGCGACCGCACGCGCCGACCGCGCAAAAGUGGAAGCGCUCAUCGCAGCCAAUCCGAAUCCAGCCGACGACAGAGUGUGGUCGCAGCUCGCUCCGCGCGAGUGGGGGUUCAAGGGACAUGAUGCACCAGGGGUCGAGUCAUGGGUGCCUGUCGACAGCGCGGCGCCGAUGGCCAAGGACCGCGUGAUGCGCCAGCACAGCAAGCUGGUGCGGUGUGCAAAGCGGUUGCAGUUGGAUGUCAUGCGAGAUGCUGAAGCUGCCAGCGGCGAUGCUGCGCAGCCCCUGGAACAGCGUCGACAAGAGCGGAGGGUGCUUCCAGACAUGUUUGGGGGCCAGGGGUUCAAGCAGGUGAGGCAGGAUACAAAUGGUUUCCCGCUUCGGAGGCCUCAGGUUGUGGCGAAGAAUGAUGCGCAGAGCGUUCCGCGUGGUCCUGCUGCUGAUCCUGUUGAUCCAGCUGCCGGCGCCGUUAGCGACAUUGGUGGCGGUGCUGCUCCUGGCGCAGCUCCUGAUACUGUCAACGUCGCCGUUGACGAUCAGAAACUCCGUCCGGACGGCACACUGUCGCCUCCUUCACCUGGACAAAAGCUCGCCCCUGGCCUGGGUCCUGAUCAACCAUCGGUCGCACCUGCCCUCAUCAACGAUCCAUUCGGAAAAUAUAUGCCCAAGACUUUGCCUGCUGCCGCUGCCGCUGCUGCCGCUGCUGGACCUGUGACCGACCUUCCACAGCAAGCUCCCGUCGUCCCUGGUCAGACACUUUCAGCCGGCACCACUGGCCAGAACGUCAACAUGGUCGCAGUCUCUGCUACGACCGCAGACGUGACCAACAACGGUACGCAGAACGAUCCUACCGGUCAAAAAGUCGCCGUGCCCGGACAGCUUAAGCUCGUCCUCAAACAGUCUGGGACUGAUGCAGCCGCGUCGACGUGCAAGAGCCCUUUGAUCCGCAAAGAGUACUCCUCGCUCACACGCGACGAGAAAAAAGCUUUCGUCGAAGCGAUCAAGUGUGUGCGCUCCAAACCGUCACGUUUCAAGACCAACGAUGCCCUGUGGAAUGCAGCGGACGACUGGACGUUACUGCACAUCCGUAUGGUGAGAUACGUCCACUUCACUGCGUAUUUCACCGUCUUCCACCGCGGAUUCACGGUGCUCGUCGAACGGGACCUCAACGAGUGCGGGUUCAACCAAGGCCUGCCGUGGGUCGACUGGACCAAGACCUCGGACGACCCGAGCACCAACGCGGUAUUUGACUCUGAUCCGGACUUCGGUCUGGGCACGGACGGGAAGGGCGACAACUCGAGCUGUCCUUGGAACGCCGGUCUCGCGGUGACUGACGGGGCGCUCGCAGACCACUGGUUCAACGCGCCCUUCCGACACCGGCUCUGUCGCCAGUUCAACAACCUCGACGUGCACACGCCUAGCGCGCACUUUGGUAGCAAUUGCAGCACCUUCAUCCACACGCAGUUCGUCAAAGGCUUGGGGGCGACGCACGACGAUGGGAGGUUCUUCGAUUUUUCUUCGGCGAUUGAAAUCGCGACCCACCUUUCGAUGCACACGUGUGUUGGAGGAAACCUCGCCUGGCUCAGCAGCAGUCCGAAUGAUGUAGUCUUCCAUGCGCACCAUGGGUGUGUGGAUAACAUCUUCGAUGGGUGGCAGAAGAAGAGCGACAAGAACAAGCAUGCAUUUCACGGGCCGAAACAGCAGCAGAAGAAGGGCAUGCACCCGCCCUGGACAGCGAAGCGCACCGAUGUAAUCAACUUUGAGCCUCUGGCGGAGAACGUGAUGGUGCAGGACCUGUUGGAUCCCGAGAGUGGCAAGUGGGGUGGCAGGAUGUGUUAUAGGUAUGAUUACAACGUUGCCAUGUGA